GUAUGAACCUGUUCUUAUUACUGGCCCCGUAUCUGCUGUGGCUCAAAACACUGCAAACUGCACCAACACCAGAGCUGAAAGAAAUGGAUCUACAUAAGGAAAUAAAAGCUCUGUCCAAAAUCGGUGAGGAAUAUGUGGCAGAAGAGAUAAAGAAGGCUUUGACUGGAUUGAAGAAAAUGAAGAAUAUAAUGGAAGAAAAUGAGGAGAAACAUGAAAACAUUUUGAAAUCCCUAAGAAAAACUACAGAAGAAAAAGCGGAAGCCGUAAGGCUCUUCAUGGAAAUCAAUGAAAGGAUAAGUGAACGAGAAAUGCCAUGCAAGCAGCAGCUAACAGACAACUUGGAAGGAUGUAAAACCUGCUUACAGCAGUCCUGCAUUACUUUUUAUAUAUCUAACUGUUCCCAAGAGAUAAAGCCACUACCUGUAAAGAUGUUCCAAGACAGAGAUGAAGAAGAAGAUGACCUUUUGAAAAGCUAUAAUGAAGAAGAAGAUCACCUUCCACAAGCAGAGAGUUCAUUUCAUCAGUUGCUGUCUGAUAUUAGGACUUUGUUCAAUCAAGGUCUUGUGUUUUUCAGAAAUAUCCAACAGGAACUGGACCAGUCUUUUCAGAGGACUUUCAUGUCCGGUGUAAAUCUAGCAGAUCCUGAAACUCACACUACUAUGCCCAACAACCCUGUAAUUAUUGUUGAUUCUGUACACUGGGAUUUAUCAACCUGGAUUCAGUAUUUGCUUGAUUUUAGCAAGGCUAUUAUUCAAGGUAUUGCCGAUGCCUUCUACAGCAUCUUCAAUCACCUCCAUCAAGACAGCAAACUGCUUGCAUCACCAAUGGAAGGGACUGCAAGUCAUUUUCGAGACUCCUUGAAGCAAAACCAAAUGGAAUGCAGAGAACUCCACAACUCCUCAGGAUGUUUGCAGUACCAAGGGAAAUGUCAGCUGUGCUACGAGGCUUUUCUGAAAGACUGCCCUGAUGUGCUACAGCUUUACUCUAAGUCUGAGGAAGUGUUUAAACUUGUGGGCAUAGCAGAACAGCAAUAUCAGGACCUUACACACAUUCUCCAUCAGCAUGCUGAAGACACCUCCACAUUAAUGAGUCUAAUGAAAGAAAGCUUUGGAUGGGUGGCUGAACACAACAAUAUGCCAAUUGGAACACACAACAUCUUCAGUAUUGAGAAGGUGACUCCCAGUCCCAGCAAUAAUGAAGGUGCAGCAAAUGAAACCAUUGUAGAAGUGAGCAUCCUGAAGACCACCACUUUAACAGUUAGAGUUCCUGCCAAUAUGGAUUUAGAAAACCCUACAACGAUACAGUACAUAGCAGAGAUAGCACUGCAACAAUACAAAAACAAUAUUUGAAUGUAAAUAUACUACAAAUGUGCAUUGCACCUGGGUUCAAUAUGGACACUGCAUUAGCAACCUAAGCAAUAUACAGAAUGAAAACUGGGAAAUCAUCUAUGAACAUCCUUACAUUUGUCAACACCAUAUUUGAUUAUGCAGCGUUUAAUACCUAUAUAUGCAAAGCAGUAAAAACAGUAAAAAGAGGUAAAAACAACCCUUAUGAUUGAAAUGUGAUAAUUAAAAUCUGAUUAGUGCACUUUUUAUCAGCACAUUGGUGCAUUAUUGGCAACAGAUAAAUUUGUAAACAAGGCUUUACAUCAUUUGAAUGCUGAGAAAAAUACAGCAUGUUCAGUGCCCAGACUUAAAGGGGCAACAUACCUCCUUGUUCAACAUGAGUUAAAUGAGUAGAGCUUGUGCUUUUUGCCUAAUGUAUUAAUCAUAAAAAAUCUACGGGUUUUAUUCUGCCUAUCUGUGUCCUGGUAAUGAAGAGGGAGAAUUAUUUUCCUGAAGACCCGAUGAAUAUUCCCCGCAACCCUGUAUCAAGCUUAAGAGACUUUGCAGAGAACAGCACUUACUUUAUUGUUUUGCUUAAUGUUUGUUGUAAUUUAUUAGGUGAUUGAAAUUGCUGUGUUUUAUGCACAUAAAUAUGAUAAAAUAUUAUGUCUUCCAAUACUGUAUAUUGAAACGGAAACAAAUACAAAUAUGACAUCACUGUUAAGUGAUUUCACAGUGGGGCUGUAGGACUGAUUUAUCACCACAAAACAUUACAUCGCCAUAUACAGCAGGCUAUAGAGUUGUGAUAAUUUGUUGGUUGACACUGGUGCCUACUUUGGUAUGAGGUACAAAAUACUCUGAUGCCUUCUGUAUCUCCAGAGGUUAAGUACAAGACUCCCUUUAUGUAUGUGAACCCAUAUAUAAUUUUAAUUGUGCAUGUCAUACACACUUGAAUGGUGUAAAUGCAUGACUGUGUCAUGCACAUUAUCUCUUUGCCUCCAAUAUCUGAAACACAAUUUUGCUCCUGAUUGCAGCAGUGCAAUUAAACUAAAAUUCUGGAAAAAAAAGUU